AUGUCCGAAAAACUAUAUGAACUACCCGUUGGCAACUGGUACACGCCUACAUGCGCGCUUUGUGGGACUAAGGUGGAUUACGAAGACCCAUCAUCUUACCGCGCUGUGUCAACAAUACUAGACGAGGAUAUUGAGGGCAUCAAUCCAACCUAUGAAGGAGGUUCCGAACACGGAGAAGAGUUCACCUGGUCCACUAUUGCUGAGAAUGCCGAUCUUCUUACGCUUUCCUCCCUUGAUGAAUUUACUAUGCUCAAUAUGUUCCAUAAGGACCGCCGUCCACUUUCGACCUAUACUUUCGGAAAACUUUUCGACCUUCCGGCUGAACUCUUCGACAUGAUCCUAUCAUUAUGCCCGGCCAAUAAAGCUCUUCCAUUCGCACUCAAAUACGAUGCAAUAUUUCAUUUCAAAGCUUCAGAGGAUGCGCUUGAGCGCGACUAUGCCCUUGGGCCCACGGCUUCAACAAUUCUUAAGGGAGACGCCCCAAGACAUCGCAUCGCCACAGCAAUUCAUGCCCUACACAUUCUUCCUCGAGAGACACUUCGGCAGACCUUUACCCAAAGGCGUGUAGAGCUAUUACCUCAGAUGAGAGCGACCUUCGUGGAACGUGGUGGGGUCAAGUACUUAUACGACAUUUGUGGCAAGCAGGCACCUCACCCUGAGCAUCUGUGUGCAGAAGAAAUCAACUUUACCAUUGCGAUUCCACAAAUACUUUUUCUUCAGGUUCACGAUCUGGGGAUUACCAACAUUGCCUUUGCUGCGGACAUACACGGGAGACCAAGAUGGAUCAGGGAAACUAGCGACGUACAGAGGAUAUUUGUACACAGAUCAAAAGAUGCAUUCACAGCUAUAAUGGUUGUAUCUGAUCCACUAAAGUGGCGCAUGGUAGACGUUCUGAACUACGAUAGUCCCCAUCCACGUCCGCUGCUACCGUGGAACACUGGAUUUUGGACUUCGCAAUCUCUGCAAUCUGAGAGGACUCGCUAUCUCCAACUCGAAGGAUACUUUGAACCUACGUUCACUGAUAUCUCCACUUGUCAAUCUGUAUACGUGGUUGUUGCCCGCUAUAUCUCAAACUUUUGUGGUAUCUACACCCAGCCACAGCCUAACACUGAGGCACAGAAGCAGUGCUAUAAGAUCGAUCUGAGCUUAGAGCGUACAGUAAGGUUAAUGUACCUUGAAAUGACAGCACUUCCUUUCCAAGGAAUUGUCUUUUUGCAGGUAAGCAGAUACCUUUGCUUCUAA